CUUGCCUUCGUCCUCCCAUCUUCUCUCAAUUUCCGGCCGGAUAUAGUUCGUCUCUCUGCUUUUCUUUUGCAUGAAUGGCAAAGGAAACUUUUCGUGACGUCCGAUAUUACAUUUCCCUCACUCUGCGCGCCGAACAGCGCGAACAACUCGCCGAUGUCCUCAACGCUGCAGGCGCGACUGCGGUGACAGCGGACGACCCCUCGCUCACCCAUUUUGUUGCAAACUCGCUCCCGAACGAUGACACCCUCGAAUCCCUGCCAGAGGACACCACCGCUCGCCUCGUCACCCCGACGUGGGUCGAGCGUUCGCGCAUCCUCGACGCGCCACAGUCUCCUGACUUCUACUCGCCAGAUCCCGCGCAGAUAUUCUCCGGCGUCACCGCUACAGCGACAGACCUCUCAGCGUCGGACGCGGAGCUCAUGUGCGCGUCGAUCACCGCGCUCGGCGGACAAUGGCGGGGCGCGCUCACGCGCGACGUGACCCAUGUCUUCGCGCUCGCGCCAGGCAGCCAGAAGUACGAGACCGCGCUGCACUUCAAGGAGCAGACUGGGAUGCUCGUUCUCGUUCCUCACUGGCACGACGACUCCAUACGGCUCGGCAUCAGGGGGCUUCCGACCGCAGAGUACGAGUGGCCCGAGCCUGCCGUAUUCAGGGGUGACUGGAGCACGAGCAAGGACGGUGCUGCGAGCGGGGAGGUGCCGCCACCGUACAGGAUCUCAGGUGAGAAGAAGCCUUUCUUCGACACUGCACUCGCGGCAGGCAAUGACUUGCCGCGCACACGAGCUCCGGCGCACAAUGUCUGGAAUGGCCUUCGCAUGCUUUUGGCCGUGUCUCUCGGACUUUCGGACAGCCAGCGCAGUGCGCAUGAAGAAGACAUACGCAGGGAAGGGGGAGUCGUCGUCGAGCUGGACACGACGAAGAAAGGGCGGGAGCUGGUGGAGGACGAGGUCGCGAAAGUCGACGAGGCCGAUGUGUUCGUGACUGCGUACCGAUCCGGGCCAGCCUUCGUGAAGGCAUACAAGGAGAACAAGACUAUCGGGACACUGCCAUGGGUGUGGUACUGCCGCGCCACUGGAUCCAUCUCUCAUCCGACAGACCAGCUCGUUCACUAUCCGAUACCAAGAAGACCAAUCGAAGGCUUCUCGAAACAUUUUAUCACUAUCACAAACUACACGGGCAAACAUCGCGACUACCUGAAGAAACUGAUACUCACUAUGGGCGCGGAAUUCACGCCGAGCAUGUCGCCGAAGAACACGGUCGUUGUAGCAGCAUAUAUGUCGGGCACGAAGGCCGAGAAGGCCGUCUCGUGGUCCAUACCCGUCGUGAACCACACCUGGCUCGAAGACUGCUUCGUGCAGUGGCGGAACCUCACGCCUGCGCUGGAGCGGUACAUCAACUUCCCGCCGCGCACUGACUUCAGCAAGCUCAUCACGGAGCGGCCGAUGGGCGGGAAGGUCAUCCUCGAGCCCGCGGAGCUUGAGACGCUCGAGAAGGAGGGUCUCGAUGGCGAAAGGGGUGAUGGGAAGAAGCAGAAGGUCGCCGGGAAAGAGAACAAACCACCUUUGAGGACGGCUGCGAGCGCAAGAGAGAUGAAGGAGGUCGAGGACGCCGUUGCAAUGGCGGAGGAUCCUGCGGAGGUGAGCAUAGGCGAGUUCCUCGAGACGGACAUCCGGAUCGAGGAAAAAAAUGCUCGGCGAACGCGGAAGGGCGCUGACGACGAGAUGGACGCGGACGAAGGUGAAAGUGGGAAACCCAAGUCGAAGGGAUCGUCGCCGCGGAAGUAUCAGAGUAUGGCGAAGGCGAUGAGACGAAGAGGCGCUGCCCGCCCAGACGAGGACGCGGAGGACGACGGUCCUCGUCCGUCCACCUCCGCCUCUCCUGACCAACGCAGAACCAGAUCUGCACGGGCGGCGCUUGUGUCAGACCAGGACUCUGAUGUGGAGAUGGUUGACCAGUCUCCUCUGGCGCGGAAGGCGCAGAAGUCGUCCUCUCGCCUGACAGCCAAGAUUGCGGAGGUGUCGCCGACUCGGACGAAACGAACGUCCGCGAAGAAGGCAGCCCCUCUGGUAUCCUCUGAAGACGAGGCCGCCAUGGAAGUUGACAGUCCCGUGGAGCCGACCUCCGCUCGUGCCACGAGGAGCAAGGACAAGGGGGUCGCGCAACCAGCAAAGAUCGGUCCGCCAAAGGGCGGGCGUAAACGCACCAAGCCUGCGGACGACUCCGAGUCCGAGCCAGAGCCCCAGGGCGGGCCAUCGUUCCGUGUACCCAAGUCCACCGCGCAGUCCUCACGAUCCGCGGUGUCCGAGUCCAUCGAGCCCGACUCGCCCAAGAAAUCGACGCGAUCGCCACGGAAGGAGGUCACCGUGGUCGUACCGACGGUCGUCGCUUUAUACGGGACACGGUCCGAGGCGGGCCCAUCGUCCUCGUCGAAGAGACCGCUCAGCAAGAUGCAAUCCGUGCGUGCUACGGCGACCGAGUCGCCUGCGUCCCCCGGCAAGCGAGGGAAACCCGCUCGGGAGAAGGCGAGGGAGGAGACUCCGGAAUCAUCCCCCAGCCCGCCGCCGAUGCCCAAGUCGCGCCGGAAAGCGGCGGCAGCGACAGCGUCGACCACUCCGGAGACGGAGCCUGCCAAGAUGGAGACACCGUCGACCCUGCAGCGUACGCCGUCGAGGCGGGCUGCGGCGAGCAAGGCGACGCAGAAGCUGAGGGACGAGAUCAUGCCUGACGUGGUGAACUUCCAAAAACAGCUGAAGAGCGGUGCAGUCAGAAACGCAUGGGAAAGCGACGUGUCGUCUGCGAAGGCAAAGGAGAAGGAGAAGGAACGGGCGGCCGAGGAGGGCGGGGAGAAGAGCCGGGGCAAGAAGAGGGCGUCCAUAGGAGAUGCGGAGGCGGAGGCGGCUUCCGCUGAAGAGGACGAGAAGCCAGAGAAAAAGCGGCAGCGGACGAGCUUGACGAAGGAGGGGAAGGCUGCAGGGAAGACGAAGACCCAACGGCGACAGUCUGGGAAGAGUGCCCGUGAGGCAGAGGAUGAAGACCAGGCGAGCGACGCUGAGCCUCGUGCUAAGCCUACGAGCAAGGGUAAGGAUUCUAGCAAUUCAUCAAGUCGUCUGCAGAGUAUACGAAUCAUGACUACGCAGAUCACUGUGUCCGAUGAAGUCACGAAGUUCCUCAAGAAGCUGGGCGUGCAAAUGACGACCAAGCCCUCAGAGUGUACGCACCUCGUCGCGCGCAACCUUGUGCGGACAGAGAAGUUCCUCUGCGCAAUGGCACACGCGCCGCACAUCCUCAACGAGAAAUGGCUCCUCGCGUCCUACUCCGUCAAGGAGCUUCUCCCGGAGGACAAGUUCCUGUUGAAGGACCCCGCGAACGAGGACAAGUUCGGAUUCAAGCUGACGGACGCGCUCGCGCGCGCGAAGGCGAACGGCGGCAAGCUCUUCAAGGGGCUCACGUUCUACGUCACCCCGCACGUCCCCGUCGACAGCAAGCUCCUCAAGAACGUCGUCACCGCGUGCGGCGGGCAGCUGCUGACGCAAACGCCGACGGUGCGCAUCCUGGCGGGGCACCCGGAGCGGCACGUCGUGUCGGCGCCGGGGGACCGCGCGAUCUGGCGGCCGCUCGCGCAGGCGGGGCACCGGGUAUGGAACCAGGAGCUGAUCCUGACGUCCGCGCUGAAGCAGGAGAUUGACUGGGAGAACGAGACGUACUUGAUUGCGACGGAUGCAUGAUCAGCGGUGGGUGGUGGGUCGGCGGCAUGUGGGUGAGAUGUAUUUCGUGGCUUGGUUAUGUGCUCUGUGUUUGGCUGCUUUGCGAGGUGCUUUCGUCUCGAAUAUUGAAUAUGGAUCAGUUUUGCUUCUGUGCUUCUGGAUGCCUGUCUGCCUCAGGGGUCUGAGACUCGGGAUCAGUGACCACGGCCCCAAGACUCUUCGCCAGACUCUCAGGUCA